CUCCCCCCUCUCUCUUCCUGUAUUUUACCUUCUUGGAUCCAUAACACUUCGUCGCACAGCAAAACGCAUACAUUAUUUCAUUUUUAAUUUCUUGAGAAUCCUUCUACUGUGCAGUUAACAGACAAUUUUGGACAAGAGAAUGCAAAAUCCCAGGUCAGAGAAGCUAGAAUUUCUCCAGAAAUGGAUGGAGGGUAUGGGAAAAUUCACGUCCCUUAAGAAGAACAUGAGCUUGUUGGAGAGGAAGAAGGCCAUAAAAGUGUCAGCAGAUUUAGCCAUGGCUUCCACCAGAACUGAAAGCAAGUGUUGGAGCCGAGCCCUCAUUGCCAAUAUUGCUUCCAGAGACCAUAACAGCAAAGUCCUGACGGAGCACGUAAUAGGCUCCUCGCAGUGCUUAAGGCUAAGAAAGGCUUUCACUUCUUCUUCUUCUUCUUCUUCUUCAUUUUCUCAGCUUAAGAACAAGAGGAUGCUUAAUAGAACCAGGAAGAUCAUGAAGAGAAGGCGCCGUACAGUUCGUAGUAGAGUGAAGAAAGUAGUGAUGGCGGAUUCUAUUGCAAGGAGGCUGGUCCAAAAGAGAACAGAAAUGCUAAAGAGGCUUGUUCCAGGUGGCGAUCUUAUGGACGAUGAUGUGUCCUUGAUUGAAGAAACCCUAGAUUAUAUUCAAUCCCUCCGAUCUCAGGUUCAAGCAAUGCGCUGUCUUCUCGCCACUUCCCAGCUCAUGAAAUGUUCCUAAAUUUACUCGCUAUAUAUAUAGUUAUAUAUACUCCUUUAUAUUCGUAUAAUUAUAUAUAAAGUUAUAAUGUAUUGCCCUUGUUUUUCUUUUCUUCUCUGGGCAAAACUAGGCAGAUCAGUGAAGGAGAAAAGACUUUUUAAUGGCGAUGCACAUAGAGCAAAGAUAUGUACAAUAUUAAGUAAAUCAAGGCUUUAUUAUUCGGAAGCCAUUAAUUAGUCGUAUAUAUAUCUGCCUGUGUUUAGGUUCUUCCAA